AUGGGAGACAGAGACUCCAUUCCUUCUCCCUUCGACGACAUUCACCCUUUCCCCUUCAUGCAAGAUCCUCCUCCUUCCCCCCAUCAUCAUCAACACUUCAACAACUUUCCUGAAAAUUCCAGUCCAAAUCCUUAUUACCAUCAAAACCCAUGUCUCCGUUCUUCAAGAAAUCCAAUAACUCCUUAUCAGAAUUCUUGCUCUGCCUCUGCCUCAUGCUAUGGCUCUGGUUCUGGUUUUGCAGGGAACGCAGGAAUUCAAGAAGUUGAGUCCUUAAUGGGAGGACUUCGCUUAUCUGAAAAUCCUUACAGAGUAAACGCACCUGAUGUGAGAGUAUAUUCUGGUCUCUAUGAUCAGAAUCAUUACCUUCGUGAGAUGAGGAUCAGAGAUGCUGUUCUUGCCACAAUGGGGGCAACACAGGGUUUCAAUUUCAACAACAAUAAUUAUAGUCUUUCUUCUAGGAAUUAUGGACUUGGCUAUGGCGGCAGGGUCAUGAACAAUGUUCAACCAUAUUUUUCUUGGAGGUUGUACUUGGUUGCACUGGCGAAAACCAAGGAUGGAUGCCGCACUCUCCAGGAGAAGAUCAAGGAGGGUGAGCCAGAAGAAAUUGAGGCCAUCCUCUCUGGUCUGCAGUACCACUUGCACGAGCUAAUCACACACCGUAAUGGCAACUACGUCAUAGAAAAGAUCUUUCAAUCAACAAGUCUCACCUUGGAGCAGAUGAACAUUGCUCUUACCUUGCUUCUUCGGGAUGUGCGCAAGCUACAGUCUGUGUGCAUGGAUGUUAUUGGAACACGAGUUAUUCAAAAAAUCAUGGAGAAACUCAAUACCCACUCACAGCAAUAUCUAGUUACACUUGUUAUGAGGCUUGUGACCAAAACAUUGAUGAAGAAUGCCAAUGGCAGCUAUGUCAUUCAGCAAUGCGUGAAGCUCUUCCCACCUGAAUAUAAAAAAGUCAUUUUGGAAGAAAUAGCUCACAAUUGUGUUGACAUUGCAAUGGAUAGAUGUGGAAGUUCUGCUAUUCAAAAAUGUUUAGGCCAUGCUGAGGGUCAAGCCAUAUUUUCCCUGGUUCGUGAAAUCAUUCUCAAUGCUUCAGUCCUAUCACAAGAUCCAUAUGGAAACUAUCUGGUGCAGUAUUUAAUUCAAAUGGAGUUGAAUGAACCUCCAGCAAAUAAACUGAUGAUCCAACACCUUAGCGGUGGGUUCGUUGGACUUUCUAUGGACAAGCAUGCUAGCAAUGUGAUGGAAGCUCUUCUGCAAUUUUCUGAACCAAAUGAUGUAGCUGUUAUGGUUGAGGAAAUAAUGAAUAGUCCUGAGUUUUGUAAUGUUCUGAGGGAUCCUUAUGGAAACUUUGUCAUUCAGACAGCAAUGGAAUGCACCCAGGGCAAUUUGCGCAAAUCACUUUGCUAUUUCAUCAGUAACAAUUGUGGAUUUCUGCAUAGCCAUCUUUAUGGGAAAAAUGUGCUUGCAUUUGCUAAAAGAUGCAGGAUCGAUGAUUAA